AUGAGCUACGCUUCUCCACGGCCUCUGGCGCCUACAGGCGCGUCGGAUCUGGCAUCCCAGGAUAAGCCCGAGUCGCGGGGAGGUUCCGUGAAGGCGGCGAGGGAACGGCUACGGGUAGCAAAGGACCCACGAUCUCGUGUGGCUGGGGACGCACGGCAGCGGCGGGCAGAGCCUUCAUUACGGACACCUCCUUCCGGGUCCCAUGUCUCACCUCCACGAAACGGCCUGCUGCAGCAAUCAGAAACAUUGACACCGCCCUCGAGUAGCGAAAGCGCAAGAGGCUUCAUACAUCCUCCAGGCCCACAAUGGCCGCUUCCGGACCACAGAGUCAUUGAACCUCCGAGGGGAAGGAGUCCAACAGGGCAACAGCCGUCCGGAAAAAAAACUCCGCCCCAACGGCCACCGCGGCCGAACCAUGUUGCAUCUGCUCUGGACCCUACAGCAUCACAACCUGUCGGUACGUCGUCGACGCCUCAUCCGGCUAGAGGAGGUCUACGGCCGCUGGAGAACCCGUGGCACGAAGAUGAUUCACAUUCACCGACUUAUGCCUCACCUGAUAUGUCACGGCCAGUCACCAUUUCUUCGCAAACAUCAAGUGGCUCGUCUUCAGCAACUAUACCCGAUUUUCCUAUCCCUGCUAUGCACGCCGCACCUCGUCGAAGUCCAAAUUUAGGACCGCCACCAUCAGCGCGAAGAGGACCGUCUUCUUACUACUCUAAUAUGUCGUACGUGUCGCCUAUAGCGGAAGAGACCGAGAGUCGCAAGUCACGUGGCUCCUUCGCGUCGAGCACCGUCAUUCCCGGCCGAGGUAUUCAGGACUUUUUCGAAGACGCUACGCCAUCCGAAGAAGAGGGGCCUGCCGGUUUGAACCAUGGGCGGGAGUCGAGAGCAUCGGACCACGGCGAAGAAAGCGGUUUAGUCCGGAAGGCCAGUCUAGGCAAGAGGCAUAAGCCUGCUCUAACAACCAUCAAGAGCGGUGAUAAUCUCCGCACUGUCGACAAGGAACCGGCACAAUAUCCAUCACCAUCUCGGGAAGGCGGCAUUGUAGGACAAGCAGCUGUUGCGGCAGGUGCAGCAGGAGGAGCAUUUGCUGCGGGUUUGGGCCAGUCGAGGAACCGAUCGCAAACAGAGAAAGAGCUGGAAGGUGGGUUUCUCAGCAGUGGUACCGGCUUGUUGGAUCCGUCAUCGCCGUCAAGCUCAUCCACUGAGUCGCUCGACGACUUCAAGAGGAAGGAGAUGAUGUUGGACACGAAGACGCCUCCAGCACGUUCAGCAGCACGCUCUCCUUUGCCCCCUGUUGAUUCCAAGGUGGAGCAGAUUUUAGGCGGGCUCGGGAAAGGCGGUGCCCUGGACUCUGAUGCCAUCGGCAGAUUCAAAUCCCCUACUCAGACUUCUCUGUCUGAGCGGGUCGGCAGUCGAAGGCCGCCUCGACUCGAUGUCGAUUCGAUCCGGGACGCAGAAGCUCGAGGUAGUCUCACAAGUCUACCUGAUCUGAUAAGACGAGCGACUCGGCUCGCCGCGAACUUGGAUCGCGGCAAAACUGCCAGCAGGCUGGGCCUUAACCACUUUGACAGUAGCAGUUCAGAGCGACACAGGUUCGAUGACGAGAAAAGGCGAUCAGGAUCGCUUUCGGACAUUCUGUCCUCUUUUCCACCACCCGGUCUGGGGUCAUCCAUCGGCGACGGAACACCAGGCCGCACCAUCUCCCGCAUGCCAUCCAACCUCGCAAUGGGUCAGUUGGCCUCUGAUCAGCCGGGCGGGUCGCACAAACCGCAAUCUCGCCGCCGAAGAUGCUGCGGCAUGCCCCUCUGGGGCUUCGCCACUCUCUUAGUAAUUCUCCUUAUACUCAUAAUCGCCGCUAUCAUAAUACCCAUAGUCCUUAUUGUCCUACCAAACCGAGAAGCCAACGCGGCCGCCGCAGCCGAUCGCGCCAUCGCGGAGUGUCAAAGAAGUCUGACAUGCGAGAACGGCGGAACGGCUGUGCUGGGCGCGACCGGUACCUGCUCAUGCCUGUGUUCGAAUGGAUUCACUGGCGAGAGAUGCACGACCGUAUCCGACGCUGGAUGCAUCACGACCACCAUCGCCGGCGUCGACGAUGCGACGGUGGGUUCCGCAAUACCGCGCCUCCUGCAAGACGCGCAGACCAACUUCAGCAUCCCGCUCGACGCCACGACGCUGCUUUCGCUCUUCUCAUCAACAAACCUCCGCUGCGCGUCCGAAAACGCCCUCGUAACAUUCAGCGGCCUCUCCGCUCGCUCAGUACCCGACUGGGACAACCUCAUCGCGCCCUCACCGCCACCCCCACCCGCAGCCACCACCACCACCACAACCCCACCCCGCCUCCCCCGCCGCCAGCAAACCCCGCACGAACCCGGCAUCCCCCAAACAAGCAACGGCGUCAUCUUCGCCGCCCGCCCCACCUCUUCUCCCACUCCGUCAUCGCAGUCCCCUUCAUCUGCAUCUUCCACCGCAUCGCCAGAGUCCGACGCACUCAGGACGAACGCCACAGUCCUAGACUUUGCGCGUGUGGCUGUGCUGUAUGUCUUCCAGGAGAGCCGGACGUUUGACGCGGCGGUGGACGCGCAGGGGAUCCUGAACACGUUCUUUGCGGGGAACUUGGUUGUUGCGGGAGGUGCGGGUGGGGGGGAUGGGGUUAGUGCAAGUAGCUUGGCGCUGGAGAAUGGGUUUGGGGUUGAUUUGGUCGGGUUGAGGGUUUUGGUGGCGAAUGGGACGUGGGUGCCGUAG